UUUUCACAUCACAUCCACACGUUUUUCUCACACUUCCCUUCCUUUAGUUCGUUUUAUUUUCUUCUCCCAAAAAUAUCAAAAAUUGAAUAUUCUCUCUGUCUCUCUCACCAACAACCAUGUCUUCGCCGGGAAUUCCUGGUGGCGGAGGAGGCGCCGCCGCCCCGCGCCAAUAUUUCUGCUAUCAAUGCGAGCGCCACGUCACAAUCACGCCUCCACCCUCCCCUACCGCUGAGCUCGUUUGCCCCAAUUGUGAUGGCAGCUUUCUUGAAGAAUCAGAAACUGCGCCCCCCUCAAACCCUACUGACACCUUCCCUAAUCCCUUCUUCGCCGAGGACUUUCCUGCCUCCGCCGCCUUUGGUGGUUUUCCUGUUGUCUUCUCUUCUUCCUCUGCCGCCCCUGCCGGCGGCUCCUUCUCCAUCUCCUCCGGGGGCGGAGUUGAUGGGUUCGAUGAUCUAUCUGCGCUUUUUGGCACACGAUCCCCGAAUGAAUUUAAUCCCUUUGCUUUUCUUAGUAACUACAUGAAUAAUCUUCAGGCGAGGGGGGCAAAUAUUCAGCUUGUUUUCGAAGCUCCGGGCGGUGGAGGGAUGGGCGGCGGCAUGGAUUUUAGACUUCCUACGAAUUUAGGGGAUUAUUUCAUUGGGCCUGGUUUAGAGCAAUUGAUUCAGCAACUUGCGGAGAAUGAUCCGAAUCGAUAUGGGACGCCACCCGCUUCUAAGUCUGCGGUGGAGGGAUUGCCAAAUAUAAAGAUUACAGAAGAGAUGUUGCCUUCGGAUUCAUCCCAAUGUGCUGUGUGCAAAGAUAGCUUUGAGUUAAAUGAGGAGGCAAAGCAGAUGCCUUGCAAGCAUAUCUAUCACAAGGACUGUAUAUUGCCUUGGCUUGAGUUGCAUAAUUCUUGCCCGGUCUGUAGAUAUGAGCUCCCUACUGAUGAUCCAGAUUAUGAAAACCGAAGAACCGGACAGAUGAAUGAUAAUAGUAAUAGGACCAGUAAUAUCAGUAAUAUAGGCUUGGGGGUUGCUGCCGGAAGUCAGGAGAAUAGAGAUGAUAACAACAAUAGUACGACGCCGAGGAUGGUGGAAAGGAGGUUUAGAAUAUCUCUACCGUGGCUUUUUAGAGGGCUUGGUUCACCAGCAGAGACUAGCAGCAGUGGGGGAGGAGCUGAGGGCAAUGAUGGAGGGAAUAACAGCACCAACAACAGUAAUACUGGAGCACCCAAUACUGGCUCAGGAGCAGGAGGAAGGCAGGCCAGAGAAGAAGACCUCGACUGACGUAUGUUGGUGAUGGAUGCAGUGGAGAAGUGUUCAUCGAUGUGUAACAAGUUGAUAAAAGGAAUAUUUGUAUACAUUCAAUGUAGCAAUAGAGCACUUUUACUGGUGGUUCAUAAAUAAAAGUAGGUAUAGUUUGCUAUUCUCACUUUAAACACCCUAUAGAAAUCGUGGCUCAGUUUUUCUGGAUCUCUUUUCUCGAGUGGUUUGUGAUUUGAGUACACAUAUCAUUUGACACACUCUGGAUGUUACUAGAGCUCACGCCCUGAAAGAAACAAUGUACUCAUGUAGGUUUUGUCCAUAACAUUUUUCAUAUGGAAACAGCAUUCUGAUUGUAUGAUGGAUGUGAUGCAAUUGUGAUCCUUAGCCUUCUUCACUA